CGCAUUUCAAGCUCCACCGCUCGUUUUCCCUCAUCGGCGUUCCGAAACGCAGUUAGAGAGAGAAACAUGCCAGGAAGAUAGAGAAAGUUACGUUUCUCUCCCAAAACCUCCUUUCUUCUUCUUUUUUCCUGAACUAAUUUGUGGGAAAAAUGAGCGUGAUAGACAUUCUGUUCCGAGUGGAUUUCAUAUGCAAGAAAUACGACAAGUAUGACAUCGAGAAGCAGCGCGACCUCAAUGCCAAUGGCGGCGAUCCUUUCUCUCUUCUCUACGCAUCCGUUGAACGUGACAUCGAAGCCGCUCUUCUCAAAGCGGAUGUGGCGUCAACGGAGAAGAAUAGGGCGUCCGCGGUGGCGCUGAAUGCAGAAGUUCGUCGGAGCAAGGCUCGAUUGAUGGAGGAAGUUACUAAAUUGGGGAAAUUGGCUCAGAAGAAGGUUAAAGGGCUUUCCAAAGAAGACUUGGAAACCCAUAAUGAUCUGGUUCUUGCACUACCAGAGAGGAUUCAAGCAAUACCAGAUGGUACAAUGAGUUCAGCCAAACAAACCGGGGGAUGGGCAAGUUCACCGUCCAAUAAAAAUAUCAAGUUUGAUACAUCAGAUGGCAACUUUGAUAGUGAUUUUUUCCAACAAACUGAAGAAUCAAGCCAAUUCAGACAGGAGUAUGAAAUGCGAAAAAUGAAGCAGGAUCAAGGACUUGACUUCAUAUCAGAAGGACUAGAUGCACUGAAGAAUUUGGCUCAUGAUAUGAAUGAGGAAUUAGACAGACAAGUGCCAUUAGUUGACGAAAUAGAUACAAAGGUAGACAAGGUGACAUCUGAUAUUAAAAAUACUAAUGUAAGGCUCAAGCAAACUCUUAACCAGGUGAGGUCCAGUCGGAACUUCUGUAUUGACAUCAUUCUGCUAUGUAUAAUUCUGGGAAUUGUUUCUUACUUGUACAAUGUACUGAGUUGAUUUUAUCUUGAACAUGCCUCUACUGCGAAAUGUUGGAUCAUUACGUUCCUGGUAUAUUAUGUUCUUCCAUUUUUUAGUGCUUCCCUUUUAUCAUUUUAAUAUCUUUAGGUAAAUUGUGUAUUCAAAUAUUCUUGAUAGAAAACUAAAUUCGGCUACAUGAGGAUGGGAAUUUAGCAGCAAUAUCUGAAUUCAUUAUGGCCCUUACUCUCACAAAAUGUUAUAACUCGUAGAUACACAUUACUUGCCAAAUGUGUUUUCUUGAAAAUGAAG